AUGGCGACGACAAACCUGACCCCCCGUUCACCGACACCCCAGCAACAUGCUCCACCCUUAUCGAAACGAGACAAAAGACGCACGGCAAUCCACGAUCGACUCAACGACAUCCGGGAAGCUUUUACAAAUAACCGCGACUACCACUUUCGUCAGCAUGUUCACGAGCUCCAGAAUGAGAUGGCGCUUAUUGCUAAUGCUGAAGUUUAUGAUGAAUGGCCCAUGAGUGACGCACCUGAAGACGUCGCGAAACAACUGAAGCAGCUCGCCGCAAGCGGGCAUACUGUUUCUGAAACACCUGUUAAUGGAAAGUGGUUUUCGAAAUUUGUUGAUGAGAUAAAUCGGAGCAAAGAAGAGAGGGAUGUGGAAUUGACUGUCAUCAUGAAUCGUCAUCGUGACAAUCUCAAUAGGCUAUCCCAGGACCGCGAGUUCCGACACCGGUUCGCCAUCGAAGAAUGUGUCAAGCUCACGGAAACGAUCCGAGAGCGGCUGAGCCUGUCAAUCUCGCAACGAAAGAACCGUUUAAUGCGCGAGAAGGAACAGCUCGACGUUGCGGAUACCAAUGCCCUCCUCCUUCAUCCAAAUCAGUUCAGUAUCACCAAUCCCGCGAGCCCGGGAGGGAUACAGAGCAAUAGGAAAACCAGACACACUCGACAUAGGGUCGAUGUUGACGACAUGGGCAACGCUAUCAUUGCGGAGACAGCCAUUAAGAGGAAACGGAAAGCUCCGGUGGAUGACGACUUUGGAUCACCGAACCUUGAAGGGCUUUCCACUCCUGCGGAACGCGCCAAGGCCCGAUUGAAUCAGCAGCAAAACGCGCCGGCAUACAAUAUUCUCUCUUUGUUCACAGAAAAAGAGCUUGCGAUGCAUAGUAACCAAGCGCACGUGGCGGCGCUGCAUUUCUUGUCGUCCUCGAAACGCGCCAAACGGGCCGCUAGCACACAAGGUGCAGGCGACGAAGGGGGAGCAUCUGGUGACACGAGCGGACAGGAGGAUGGCAGCGCUGCUCCAGAAAUGGAACGCACCGCUAGCCAAAAUGUGCACGCGACUCGAUCAACCCGCCACAACGGCACUGCUGGUCUCAAUCUUCUUGGCGAACUCACCGACAAGAACGCAAACCGACCCAACCUGCCCUAUUUCAUCCUAGGCAACUAUCACCAGCGACCCAACGGCUCCGGCACAGCACCGGCUCCACCGUCACUGAUGCCCGAAGAGAUCGAAGACGAUCUCGCGCGUAUCGAGAAGCUGAAAAAGACCAAGCCCCGUGGCUGGAUGGAUACGCGCCUUGUCAACCACCUGCUUGAGACGCUUGUGCCCCCAGAGUCCGAUGACAUGACAGUUAGCUGCACGCGAUUCAGCACUUUGCACCCAGACUUUCCUCAGGAUAUGGAUGUGCAUCUGGUUCGGGCCUAUCCUCGGAAGGACGACUAG